GAUUAUGAAGUUCUGGAUGCCUUCUUCAUGCCAUUAGAAAACGAUGACUUCAAGGCUUUAUGGGAAGCCAUCGGAUGGCCACUGUCCAUAACAAAACAGGUGGACGUAACGACCGAGUUCCUGGAGGAAGAACAGGAGAAGUUCUGGAAGCUUCACCAGAUAGACGAGCAGACUAUGUUCGAUAAGAUCGACAUGUACAGCGCACAGUGCAUGGCCUUGACGCUGCAGAAUGACUUCGCCAAGGUCCAUGAGAUAGCCAACGACAUUAAGAAGGCGUGGAAAGGGAUGAAGGAUUCUCAGGAAUGGGGCCGUAUCUUAAAUCAGCGUCAGAAGCUGUUCGGGCAGCCCGUGAUACCGUUUACGGAUCUCAACCGCCUGGUGAAGGAGUUCGAACCGUACAGGAACCUUUGGGUCACGGCUUCAGAUUUCCUGAAAGCGCGCGAAGUGUGGUUCGACAACCCGCUGAUGUAUGUAGACGCGGACUCAAUCGAGCCUCUCAUCAACGAAUACUACAAGACGAUCGUCAAGUGCGUGCGCACAUUCGCAGACAUGCCCAAAGUGCAGCAAGUAGCCACCACUAUACGGGAUGACAUCGACGAAUUCAGACCUCUAAUACCUGUCAUUCAAGCGGUCAGAAAUCCGGGUAUGAAGGAGCGACAUUGGAAUGAGUUCAUGGAGAAAGCUGGUAUAACCGUGACGAUGAACGAGAAGCAAACCUUCACGAUGUGUCUGAAGCAAGGCAUGGCUGCCCACGGCGAGCUGAUCGCCGAGAUUGGGGAACUGGCCAGUAAAGAAUAUGUCAUCGAGCAGUCCCUGGACAAGAUGCAGGGCGACUGGGCCAACAAGGCUAUGGAGAUCGCGCCCUACAAGAACACUGGUGAGUGCGAGGCAUGCGAGCUGGCCAGCAAGGAAUACGUCAUCGAGCAGUCCCUGGACAAGAUGCAGGGCGACUGGGCCAACAAGGCCAUGGAGAUCGCGCCCUACAAGAACACUGGUGAGUGUGUCUCCAGCGAGGCAUGCGAACUGGCCAGCAAGGAAUACGUCAUCGAGCAGUCCCUGGACAAGAUGCAGGGCGACUGGGCUAACAAGGCCAUGGAGAUCGCGCCCUACAAGAACACUGGUGAGUGUGUCUCCAGCGAGGCAUGCGAGCUGGCCAGCAAGGAAUAUGUCAUCGAGCAGUCCCUGGACAAGAUGCAGGGUGACUGGGCUAACAAGGCUAUGGAGAUCGCGCCCUAUAAGAACACUGGUGAGUGCGAGGCAUGCGAGCUGGCCAGCAAUGAAUACGUCAUCGAGCAGUCUCUGGACAAGAUGCAGGGCGACUGGGCCAACAAGGCCAUGGAGAUCGCGCCCUACAAGAACACUGGUACAUUCAUAAUGAAGAUAGCAGACGAGACACUCCAGCUAUUAGACGAGCAUCUUCUGGCCACGCAGCAGCUUGGCUUCAGUCCCUUCAAGGCAGCCUUCGAACUGCGCAUCACAGAGUGGGACGAAAAACUACGUUUGACGCAAAAAGUCGUGGACGAGUGGAUCGAGUGCCAGAAGGAAUGGAUGUACCUGGAGCCUAUUUUCACGUCAGAAGACAUCUCACGCCAACUGCCACUUGAAGCCAAGAAAUACGGCACCAUGGAGAGGAUAUGGCGACGGAUAAUGGGCACUGCUGCUGCUUGCCCUAAGUUAAUGUUGAUCUGCCCGGACAGCCGGCUUCUAGACAGUUUGGUUGAAGCGCGACAUCUGCUGGCAGUGGUAGCGAGAGGAUUGGCGGAGUACAUGGAAUUAAAACGGCUGCGUUUCCCUCGUUUCUUCUUCCUGAGCGACGACGAGCUGCUCGAAAUACUGUCUCAGUCGCGCAACCCGCGCGCGGUGCAGCCGCAUCUUAGGAAGUGCUUCGAGAAUAUUGCCAAG